GAGUAGAAAAGAAGCAUAAAGAGAACUAGAAAUAGAGAAAGUGAGGGAGAGAGAGUAAGGAGCAAGCGAGGGGACUCAGAGAUCCAGGCUGUUUUAUUAAUCUGCUCAUUUUCUCAGAUGACGCAAGGACUGGGAUUUAGCCUAUUCUUUGUCUCUCUCUACCACUCCAUCCUUUCCUCCCUUCAUUGUGUCUCUCCCGAUGCCUUGCUCUGGUUGGAUGGGAGACGACACACAGCAGACAGGAUGACGAAUCAGCAGCCAGUCCACCAGUCUAACAAGGCCCAUUAUGAUGAGCCACCCAUUGUUGGAGCUGGAGUGUUGGACUUGUUGGAACCCAAACUUCCCAAUAGUUUCUUGGGAACCUACUGUGGCUUCCUCAUCCGAAACUCACUGCUCGUCCUCACUAUACUGGGUGUAAUAGCGGGGUCGCUGUUUGGGAUGCUGCUGCGGUAUGUUUCUAUUACAGACCCCAACACCCUGAUGCUGGUGUCCUUUCCUGGAGACAUCCUCAUGAGGAUGCUGAAGAUGCUCAUCUUGCCCCUCAUCAUCUCCAGCCUCAUCACAGGUCUGGCUGGUCUGGAUGCUCGUUCCAGUGGGAGGAUGGGCUCCAGGGCCAUGGUCUACUACAUGUCCACUACGGUCAUAGCUGCCAUCCUGGGGGUCAUCCUGGUCCUGGGGAUCCACCCGGGAAACCCCAAACUCAGGAGCAGUCAGGAGCAGGACACGGCCCCCAAGAACCAGGAGGUCAGCAGUGUGGACGCCUUCCUGGACCUCAUCAGGAACCUGUUCCCUGAAAACCUGGUGCAGGCCUGCUUCCAACAGGUUCAAACAGUAGCAAAGAAAGUGUCAGUGAUGCUCCCGAACCAGACAGAACCUGUCAUAGUCAGCAAGAAGAAACUGGAGUUCAAAUGGGGCAUGAAUGUUCUGGGUUUAAUUGGGUUCUUCAUCACAUUUGGAAUGUGCAUGGGGAAGAUGGGAGAGAAGGGGAAGCUCAUGUCAGAGUUCUUCAACAUCCUCAACGAGAUCAUCAUGAAGAUGGUGGGCAUGAUCAUGUGGUACUCUCCAGUUGGUAUCGCCUCUCUGAUCUCAGGGAAGAUAGCAGCCAUCGGGGACCUGGAGGUGGUGGCUAGACAGCUGGGCAUGUACAUGGUGACAGUCAUAGUGGGCCUAAUGAUCCACGGGAGCAUUAUCCUGCCACUCAUCUUCUUCUCCAUCACAAGGAAGAGCCCCUUCACCUUCUACUCCGGGAUCUUCCAGGCCUGGAUCACUGCCCUGGGCACCGCCAGCAGUGCGGGAACGUUACCUGUCACAUUUCGCUGUCUGGAGGAGAAUCUGAAGAUCGAUAAGCGCGUGACGCGUUUCGUGCUGCCCAUCGGAGCCACCAUCAACAUGGACGGUACAGCCCUGUACGAGGCGGUGGCAGCCAUCUUCAUCGCUCAGAUGAAUGACAUCAACCUGGACGCAGGACAGAUCGUUACCGUCAGUAUGACAGCCACCCUGGCCAGUGUGGGAGCGGCCAGUAUUCCCAGCGCAGGCCUGGUCACCAUGCUGUUGAUCCUUACAGCUGUGGGCCUGCCCACCCAAGACAUCAGCCUGCUAAUCGCUGUCGACUGGCUGCUUGACAGAAUGCGUACCUCAAUCAACGUGGUGGGCGACUCGUUUGGUGCUGGGAUUGUGGACCACCUGUCCAGGGCAGAGCUAGCUGAGAUUGACGCCGAACUCCUCUCCCCUGAGGAUGAGGAGUUCAUCCCCCCGGCCCCUGUCCUCACCGAGAUAGACCUGGUGGACCCCAAGAGACCUCCCGAGUUACCCCCACGCUCCCCCCGCCCACCCAAACUCAACCACCACGGCCACUCCAACCUGUCACAGAUCUACUCCAUCACCAACUCUCCCCGCUCCGUCCGCUCUCCAUCCCCCCAUUCUGUCCGCUCUCCCUCCCCGCGCUCCAACUGUUCCCACUCUCACUCCCCACGGCCCUCUGCCUUCCGUACCCAUUCCCCACGUAUCCUCCGCAGAACAGAGCCUGGCUACUGCGCCCUGCCAAGCCACGACAACCAGAUCCCCACACUCCCUCGCUCCCACAGAGAGAGAGACAGAGGGGAUAGAGACAGAAGGGAAAGAGACAGGGAAAGAGACAGGGAAAGAGACAGAGAGAGAGAUAGAGAGAGAGAUAGAGGAAUAGAGAGGGAGAGACUGCGGGGGCGAGACAGCGACCGAUAUCAGAGCGAGACAGAGGAAGAGGAGGAGAGGGAUAGGGUGCUGGAUGAAGGGAGUGAAGGAGAAGAGAGUGACGACACUGCUUACGACCGCAGGAACACCAUCCUGCCCUGCGACCUGCCCUGAUUGGGACGCCUCUAUGAAAACACUUCUGUUUUACCACAGUUUCACCACACUUCCCCCAAUUUACUGCACUCUACCACCUAGUACCACUGUGGUGGUUUUGAUAGGGGUCUGGGUUGGUGGAUGCAGUGCUCUACAAAUGGUUACUAUUUAGUAGUUGUCUGAUUUGAGUGUUCUUGUGUGAUUUGAGUCCUGUUUGACAUGAUCAGGGAUCAAUAAGCUUGCUUUGAGCGAUGACGAUAUUUAUGUUGCUAUGGCAACACCCUUUAAUAAUCUUUGGAAAAAAGAGCCCAUGCCCUAACUUUUACCCUUCAGUGUGCUGCAGAAGGGAGCUUUAACUUAGUGUUGUGUCUUCUGUCAACCCAGCUCUAUUCUCUGAUAAUCAUUGUCUUGUUCUAAUCAUUUCAGCUAGCCAGUUCCUCAACCUUAUCCUCUACCCUCUAGCAUGGCUGAGAGAGACGCUGUACUGAGAUCUUGGUGUUCAGUGUCAGUCAACGCACAAUCAGAAAUGUUCUCUUCUCAACUUCCAAAAGGUCAUCUGUAGAACAUCGUCCAUCUCCAGCUGUACUGUAUCGAAUGAAUCAACAAAUAAUUAUUAAUUCUACUUAUAUGUAAGUUAAAAUGUGAGAUAAACUUGCGUGUAGCAACUAUAUGUAAUUAAAGGUAACAAACACACUGUAGUCAAACUAUUUUUAUACUAUUCUACCUCCUCGCUCUCUCUUCUCUUCCUCUCCUUGUCCUCUACAAACUCAACACUUCACUUGACUUUACCUCAUCUUGUACCUCAAUCAUAAUACGGUUAUUGUUGUUAAUAUUGUUAUUUCUCAGUACGUAUGGUUAGUCAUUUUUUCUCAUUGUCUGUUGUCUGAAAUGAUGGUUGUUAGUAAUUUUAGACAUUUUUUCCAGCACAACAGUCUUCAGUCUGUGUUGCACAGCAGUCUGUUUUCAUUGUGAUUCACGUAUUCAUUUACUUGUUGUUUCAUUACUCUUGUACUUAUAACUCUUGUACUCUUGUAAUUAUUUAUUGGUUAAUUAAGAGAUAUUGUCAUUGGUUCUGUCAUAUUGAUUUGUUUUCCUCUGUCCCUCUGAAAUGCCUUUCAUUGAAGGUCAUUACUGCCUACCCAAAUCCUUCAGUCUUAAUGCAGGUUUGCAGAUCCAGGUUUUGUGUAUAUUGUAUGUAAUAAAAUCUUAGAGAUUUAUUUAAA